AUGAAUAUUAAUUUAAACUAAAUUUAAUAGAAAAAGCAUAAUCUUUAUAAUUUAAUAGUCAUUUAUAAUCCAGAAAUAAGUGAAUCUCUACACUCAAAUUUAAUAGAAUACUCUGAAGGUAUAAACAAAACCCCACCUUUAUUUAUUUGUUAUGAUAUCAAUAAUAAAUUACCAAUAUAACUUGAAUCGGUAAAUUAUAUUGUUAAUGUCUAACCUGGAAUAGCAAGAGUUGAAAUUUAAUAAUUAUAUCGUACAUAACACUAUUAGGUUCCAAUUUCAUUAGAAUAUAUGUUCAUAAUAGAUAAAUAAUCAGCUGUAAGUAAGAUAGUAGCUGAAUUAGGUGAAGAAAAAGUUCAAGGUAUAGUAAAAGAGCUGGAAGAAGUAAAAUAAGAAUAUAAAUAUAAAGAAAGGCUUAAACAAGGAGAAAUAAUGAUAUUAAGUUAACAGGAUAAAUAAAAUACUGAUUUAAAAAAAGUAAGGAUUGGAUGUUUAGCACCUAGAAAAAUUUUGAAAAUUACCUUUGAAUAUAUAUAGCCUUUAAAAGUUUAUUUAAACUAAUUUUGGAUACUAGAAAUAUCAUCAAUACAUUAAUUACAAAAUUAACAGUUUAAUUAUUAUUCAUUUUAUAAAUAAGUAUAACAAAGCAUUGAUUUGAAACGAUUAGAAUAAAACUAUAAAUAAAAUAUUAUAGUAACAAUUCAUUUAUAAAACUUAUUAACAUUUGUAAAAUCCCCAACACAUUAAAUUAAAUUGGAAAAUAAUUAUUAGUAAUUUUUCAAUGUAAAUUAAAAAAAGAGUUAAGUAAUCUCCUUAGAUAAUAAAUAUCCAUAAAAUUUUGAUCCAACUAAAAAUUUUUCAUUAUUAUUUUAAUCUAAUGAUAUCAAUUAGCCGCAUUCCUUUUUAACUCAUACAAAUAAUCAUGCUUUGCAACAUGUAAAAUUUUGUGCAACUUUAACAUUAAUACCUAAAUUUAACUAACUACCUCCAGAAGAUGCAUAUAAUUCUUAUAUAAAUGAUUCAAAUGUAUCUACAUAAACAAAAAUGAAGCGAGAGAAUUAUCUUUUUUUAAUUGAUAGAAGUGGAUCUAUGGAAGGAACACGAAUAAAGAAAGCAAAGCAAUCAUUAUUUUUAUUCAUAAAAAGCUUGCCUGAAGAUUGUCUAUUUAAUGUAAUUUCUUUCGGUAGCAAUUCAAAAAAAAUGUUUGAAGAAUCAUAACAAUAUAAUCAAGAAUCAUAAGAUAAAGCAAUUGAUGAUGUAAAUAAAAUGGAGGCUAAUUUUGGAGGAACUGAUAUUUAUAAAGCAUUAUAAGUUGGUAUCUACAAUAGAGAAAAUAGGACUGCUAAUUUGGAAACAAUCAAUGCAUUUAUAUUAACAGAUGGAGACGAUUCUCCUGAAAGAAUUAUAGAUUUAGUAAAGAAUGAAAACAAAGCCAAUUAUAGAAUUUAUGCAUUAGGUAUUGGUGAUGGAUGCAAUCAAAACUUAUUGAAAAGUAUAACAGAAAUUGGAAAUGGCAAAUGCCAUUUUGUUGCAGAUAACGAAGACAUUAAUGCCAAAGUGAUUGAUUUGUUAGAUGAUUCUAUGACAUAUUAUUUAAAAGGAUUUAAAAUAGAUUUUCCAAAAAUUAAUGUCUCUCAAAUAAUUCCUGAUCCAGAAUCGCUAACUUCAAUUAAAUAAAAUGAAGAAUUAGUAAUAUAAGUGUUAUUUGCUAAUCCUAUUUAGAAAAUUUUAGAUUUUCAUUUAAGUUGUUAUGAUCCUUAAGAAAAUAAGAAAAUCUCAUACAAAUACACAUUUAAUAUAAAUGAAUCAUAACAAUCCGAGUACUUUCAUAAGUUAGCUGCACAUAAAUUUAUAAAUUAUUAUGAAAAUUCCUAAUAAUUAAACCUUAAAAAACUGAAUAAAAUUAAGGUCGAUUAAUGGAAUUUCUAUGAUUAAGAUUUGAUUAAUUUAUCCAUAGAAAAUCAAAUUUUAUGCUCGAAAACAGCUUUUAUUUGUGAAAUCUGUAAUUUAAAAGAUAAUUUUAAAUAAUAAAUUACAGAUAAAAUUUAUUUUUAAAAUCAAAAAGUUGAAUCAAUAUCAGAUUAGUAUUCAAAGGAUAAUGAUAGUAUGGAUUCUGAAAGUUCUGAUAAUUCUAUGGAUUAAUGUAUGUAACCUUCAGAUCCUAUGUAAGUUUUAUCUAGUGUAAUGCCUUUAUGUAUUUAGGAACCUGAUAUACAGUGUUGUUAAGAAGAAAAUCAAGAAAUUUCAAAAGAUUAAUAUGAUUAAACUCAAAAAUUGAAUUCUUUUGAAUAAAAAAAAUAUGGAUAAACUGUUCUAAUAAAUUAUAUUGAUUUAUUUAAGUAUGUAUAGGCAAAUGGAAGCUUUAUUUUAGAUGAAAGAACAAAUCAUUUAAUCAAAUUAUUUAGUUUAGAGAAUGAAAAUCAUUUAGAAAAUAUUUUAUGGGCAACGAUUGUCUCUUUAUUUUAUUUGGAAUUACAUUGCUAGAACGAUAAAGCUUCUUGGUAAUAAAUUUAUUAAAAAGGAAUCAAAUUUCUCCAAAAAAAUGGCUAAGAUUUCAUUAAAAUAAAAGCAAAAUACUUUUAAAAGUACAAAAAUUUAUUUUAAAGUAGCAAUUGA